UUUUUUGUUGUCUUAUAUUAUUUUUAUAUUUAUGCUAAAAAACUUUUUAUAAAUAUAGAGUAUCCUUGGAAUUACGUUCUCAUUAAUCGGUAUAUUGUGCUGAAAGAAAACACAAAUUAAUGAUAUAAUUCAAGUAACUCAGUUAUUCAAAUGCAAAAGAAUUUUAAUUGCUGCGAUGGAUUUGAUUAGAAAAAUAAUAAUAUUGUUACAUUUAUUGGCCAGACCGACAAAUCUGCAACUUAUAAUAAAUGUCAAAAAUCAGGGUGGCGACGUUAUGCAGGAGAACAUAACGGCGAAUGUAUCCGAAGAUACAGUGACACUAGAGUUCCAGAGGCUUGAUGGUGUCUAUGUAUCCCAGCUUGUUGACUUCACCAAUGAGGUGGAGGCUAUGAAGGUUGUGAUUCCUGGUGAGGAAGAGCUUGGUCAGUCUGGAUUCCAGACAUUAUGCUUUUUAUCACAUGCAGCGCAGGCUGACUUCAUUGCACCAGAUGCUAUGGCUAAACUAAGACAGAAAAAUCCAGGAACAGUACGUGUAGCAGAGGAAGAUAAGGGUUGGCGACAGACAACAGCAUCUGCAUGGGCGGGCAUGGCGACUCGCCUUCUCUCACCUGCAGCUGCCGCGCACUGCGCUGCCGCUCGUGAGCGCGUGUACUUGCGAGCUGCCGAUCUCGCCCGAUGGUCACCUAGACCUGGAAUGGACCAAUCCUCCUACACGACAGCAGUGACACCGUUUCCCGCACAUGCACUAGCGUCAGAUUCUGCAGACGGUAACCCAGCAGUGGCUGCCUGCGUCUCGGAGACAGAUAUGAGCAAGGAGUGUAUGUGUCAUCUGGAGAUAUGCGUGAACUGGUACCCGUGUGGCCUAAAGUACUGUAAAGGCAAGCCGCAAGGCGGCUUAAGUUAUCGGUGUGGCAUCAAAACAUGCCACCGCUGUUACCGUUACCACUUCUACGUGCGGCGGCGCGACGCGUGCUACAACUACACGUGACGACGACACUGCUGGCCGCCCAGCCCACCGCCGCCGUCGCCGCCGCUUCCUCAGUGCCAAACUAUGCAUCUAGUCCUACUUGUAACUUUCUUAUACAUUUACACACAGAUUAUUUUAUAAGCUGAGACAAUACUCGUAACUGUAAACUUGUAAAUAUUUUGCUAAAUAUGUGUAUUAUUUUUUA